UAUAAAGAGAAAUCCUUGUCGCCAUCUUCAUUCAUCCGCAUCUCUGCGUUUGAGCCAUUCACUGGGAAGCAUGGAAAGAGCAGAGGGAGUUGUAGUGAUGGGACGGGCUGAGAUUGACACCAGGGCACCCUUCCGGUCGGUUAAAGAAGCAGUUAUGCUGUUUGGAGAAAGAGUUCUUGCUGGAGAGCUAUAUGCCAACAAGCUCAAAGAGAUGAGAGACAGGGCAGGUGAAAAUGCACAAGUUCAAUCCAGAUAUGGAGCAGUGACAGCUGAACUCGAAGAAACCAAGCAAAGCCUUCAGAAGGCCAGAGAAGAAGGUGACUUGAUGGUGAAUUGUCUCAGAUCUCUGAGAGAAGAGCUGGAAGAAACAAAAAGAGAGCUAAUCAAGUUGAAGUCAAGAAACUUUGAUAAACAGCUGGUUGAUCCCGAGUUGGAAGACCUUAAAUUCAUUGAAAAUGCCACCAAGAUUGAAAUAAACACACAAACUGAAGACGCAGAGGAGUUCCAAAAGAAGAGAUACGUCACAUUUGCAAGUCCCCCUUCCGUCACUCGAAUCAUUACCAACCAUGACAGUAGUAGUGAAGUACAAGAGAAACCUCCGCUUCAGAAGAAAGCGAAAAAGAAGCCCUUGAUGCCCUUAAUGGGAUGGAUCUUCCCAAGAAAAAAGAGAAGCCAAGACCCUUAGGCUUUAGCCCGACCCCUAUCAGAUUUAGUUCACGACAUUUCGUUAUGGGCUGCAUGGGAAGAAAAAUCAAGGCAAUGCCUGAGGAGGGAGUGACCUAAUAAAGUGGAUGAAUUGUGUUUGGAAUUUUCAUUCCUGUUAAGGAAGAUGUUUUGUCAUUUCAAUCAUAAAAAAUAAAAAAAUUAACUGCGAAGAGUCAAA